AUGGAGGAGGAGAGCGCUGAGAGUGCGGAGGGAAGUGUGGAGGCUGAGGAGACUAACCAGGAGGAACCAAGCCACAGGACAAAGUCAUCCGGCUGGCCGCCCCCUUCAGGGACCUGGAGUGCUUCGCAGGGACCCCCCAAUGGGUGGGACAUGGGCACCAAUAGAGAAAGCCGUGACUGCUACAUUAAUCACGUGUCCCAGAGCAGCUCCCUGGAGGAAGUGCGUUUCGAGGGGGAUAGGUUUGUGGCACCGGUGCCUCGGAAGGUGGAGAUGCGACGGGACCCAGUGCUUGGCUUUGGUUUUGUAGCAGGCAGCGAGAAACCUGUGGUGGUGCGUUCAGUCACACCAGGUGGUCCAUCAGAAGGCAAGCUGUUCCCAGGGGACGAGAUCAUCAUGAUCAAUGAUGAGGCAGUCAGCUCAGCCCCGAGGGAGAAGGUCAUCGACCUCGUCAGAAGCUGCAAGGAAUCCAUAAUGCUGACCGUUAUCCAACCGUAUCCAUCCCCUAAAUCAGCGUUCAUCAGUGCAGCCAAGAAGGCCAAGUUAAAGUCGAAUCCAGUUAAAGUGCGCUUUGCAGAAGAGGUCAUCAUAAAUGGACAGAUGCCGGAAACUGUGAAGGACAACUCUCUUCUUUUUAUGCCAAAUGUUCUGAAAGUGUAUCUGGAGAAUGGACAAACUAAAUCUUUUAAAUUUGACACAAACACAUCCAUUAAGGAUGUCAUAUUGACCCUGCAAGAAAAACUAUCCAUAAAAAGUAUUGAGCACUUCUCUCUUAUGCUGGAGCAUAGAGCAGAAGGAUCAGCAAGUAAACUCAUGCUCCUUCAUGAGCAGGAGAUGUUAACUCAGGUGACGCAGAGGCCAGGGUCACACAAAAUGAAGUGCUUUUUCCGCAUCACGUUUGUCCCAAAGGACCCUAUAGAGCUGUUAAGGCGAGAUGCGGUAGCAUUUGAGUACCUCUAUGUGCAGAGCUGUAAUGACGUGGUAUUGGAGAGAUUUGGGUCAGAGCUGAAAUAUGAUACUGCCCUCCGAUUGGCUGCACUGCAAAUGUAUAUUCUAACUAUCAACACCAAGCAGUCCCAGAAAGUCUCUCUCAAGUAUAUAGAGAAGGAAUGGGGUCUGGGACUGUUUCUGCCUCCAGCUGUGCUUUCAAGUAUGAAAGAGAAAAACAUCAAAAAAGCUCUAACACACAUCCUCAAAACCAACCAAAACUUGGUGCCUCCUGGUAAAAAGCUGACUGCCUUGCAAGCAAAAGUACAUUAUCUGAAGUAUCUCAGUGACUUAAGACUGUAUGGUGGUCGGGUUUUUAAAUCUACACUUGUUCAAGGUGAAAAGCACACAGAGGUGACAUUACUUGUGGGCCCAAAAUAUGGAAUUAGUCAUGUGAUUAAUACCAAAACAAAUUUGGUUGCACUGUUGGCGGAUUUCAGCCAUGUCAAUCGCAUUGAGAUGUACACUGAGGAUGAAAAAAGAGUCAGAGUGGAGCUACACGUCCUGGAUGUAAAGCCCAUCACUCUCCUAAUGGAGUCUGUGGACGCAAUGAAUCUGGCUUGUUUGACUGCUGGAUAUUACCGCUUACUAGUGGACUCUCGCCGUUCUAUCUUCAACAUGGCCAAAAACUCUGACACAAUGGACAAAAAUCACGCUGCAAGGAUAAAGCAGAGCUUCCAGUCCAUAGAAUGUACCUACAGCACACCUCAUAAAGGAUGUGAAGACAAAAACCGUCAGAGAUACAGCCAAGAAUUCUCUGACCAGGAUUGUGAAUACCUCAACCAUGCUCGAUGUGAAAGCCAGCCAGUCUAUGUCACUGAGAUCCAUCAGACUCAGCACACAAUGCACACAGUGGAAAGAGCAGAGUGCUGUCGAAUUCCCUGUACACAAACUUACCUCAAUAUUCCAAGGUCCAAACCCCAAGAUUCUUCCAGAAACGCAAAGGUUUCUUUCAUCUUUGGAGACCCACCCCUGGACAGUGUGAACCCCCAAAAUCUGGGCUACCAGAGACUAAUGGAGGACAACCCAGAGAUUCUUGACAAUCAUAGCCACAUGUACAGGCGUCUCGAGGAGGACUACAAGUUAAUGGAUGCCAUAGAAGACGGAGACGGAUAUCAAUAUGCCACAAAAAUCUUUGGUCAAACUGAGUGCAUUGAGGAGCCAUUGCUGCAUGACAUUUGCUACGCUGAAACCACAGAUGAUGCUGAAGAUGAGGACGACAUCAGCUGUGAGGAGGACUUGGUCAUGAGUGACAUUGACAAACCCAUGCUGCUGUCACUCUCAGGCUCCAGCGACGACAUCAUCGACCUGACCUCCCUUCCUCCGCCACCAGAGGGCAACAACGAGGAGGACAGUGACAUACUACUUCAUUCCCUUAACAUGGCCAUUGCUGCCCCUCCCCCAGGCUUCAGAGACAGUUCAGAUGAAGAAGAGCAUCCGGGCGUCCGAAGUGGAGCCCAGGGAAUGGACAUCCCAGUUUCCCUCAUAGACUCAGUGCCCACACAUGGAGCGGGGGCCCAAGGGGCACCACUGGACGAUGCAGUAGUAUCUACUUUACAGGCCCUUGAGGCCCUUGCUGCCUCUGAAGAACAAAGUCCGGCCCAGUCCGAGAAUAGCACAGGUGUUGAAAUAUCUCGAGCAUUUAGUCCAGAGUCGUCCGAUUCUGGCAAUGAGACGAACUCCUCGGAAAUGACAGAGAGCUCAGAGCAAGCGUCCGCUCUCAGGCAUCCUGAUAGUCACCUGAGGUUCCAUGGAGCAAUGGGAGAGGGUUACCAUGUUACCCACGAGGACCAGGUUGAAGCCUCGUCUGCUUGUGACAGUAGAGCAGUGGCCAGGCCUGAGACAGAGGACGACAAAUCUGCUCCUGUUGCUUCUUCCCAGAUUUUCCACUCAGAUGGUGGUGAGAUGGAGCCAGAGACGAUGGAAAUCAAAUCUGUGAGUGAGUAUUUCACCAAGAUGCACAUGGGGCCAGUGAUGAGCCGGCAGAGAAAUAAACAGCGGGAUUUGGAGCCAAGAGACACUUGCGAAUCUCCUGAAGCUUCACAACCAUCAUCACAAGACUCACCCAGAGAAGAAACCCCUCAUUUAGUUGGCAAAUAUCAGGAAUUCACUGUGAGAGACUCCUAUUAUGUGAACCAGCUCGACCUAGGGAGAACCCACUUAAAAGACAAGCACCAAAAAUGGCCACGAACACCUGGGAACAAAAUGGCAGAGAGUCUAUCUCCAGAUUGUGGGAAUGACUCACAGGCCUCCCACACCGCCCAAGUUACAAUAAAGGGAGACAAGCAAGACUUGGUGGAAAGUAAUCAGCAAUUAAAUGUCCACUCGCCAUCCAAAGGGCCGGUUCCCACUGAAAAUCCCAUCUCACAGGAAAUUGAGAAAACAUCAUCUACAGAACAAGAGGCAGCACGGAUGCACGAUUUCUAUAUGCUGGUUGUAGCACGGGGAGCAGCAGCUGUGUCACUCCAAUGGAUUCACCGCAUUGCAACGCUGAAAAUGUACACAUACUGUCAGAGAGUGCCGUUAAGGGAGUGGGAUAUGGAGCUGGGAUGGUACUCCCCGAACGGCCAAGAUAAAAGAAACCACAGUGUAGCUUGCACACAGCUGAAGAAGGAUGAUGCGGAGUCAUCUUUAGCUCUCUGUAAUGAGACCACCAACACAGCCAUGUCACCAUCAUCAUUAACAAGUAGCACAGAGCACAUGGGGCUAACAGCAACCAGCCCGGAACCCGACCCGCACAACACGGUCUACCCUUCAAGCGGAUCAUGUUCUUGUGCCCAUAAAGCAGGUGGGCUGAGGAGGUCACAAAAGGUGCGGAAACUCAGGAGGAGCUGGAGCACCACUGUGCCGGGCGCCAGGAGCUUCGAAGCACUGUUUGAGAAGACCAAAGCCACCCUGACGGGAAGGAGCGGUGGGCAGCCUGAAGAAUCCCUGAAAGUGCAGAGGCCCACCAAAACGUUACGCCAGAGCUGGUCCCAGGGUUCGGUCGCGUUAAAUUCUUCAGGUAGCAGGCUUUUGAAGGGAGCUUCUUCUCUGUUGCCACAAAUGGACAUGAGUACACUGAGGUGUCAUGGACCCCUUAGUCACUGCUUUUUGUGGAGAAAGGAGCACAGUCAAGAUGAUGACUCAAAGCCUGAGCAGGAGGAAGAUAACAACGUUAUGAACGACAUGAGCCUCAAAGCAAGGCUGGCUUGUGUAAAUUCAAUGAAGGGAAAAACGUACAGCCUUCACACAGGGUUUGCACUGGCACGAAAGGAUGCCUUAGAUAUGAUCGCUUUGCUGCGUGCCAGUGCAGACCACUCAGGUGAACAAGCCGAGAGCGCAGAGGCAAGGUAUGCGGACACAGAAGCGCUCUCCCAGCUGCUGUUAAUGCAGGCCAAAGUGCUGAGCUGUGCCUGCAGUCGGAUGGUCAACGAGUACGAAAGCCCGGAGGAGUUGCUGCUCACCCUGACCCACAGCUUCCACACCCUGUGCUGCCUGGCACAGGCCUCCAUGUCUCUGGUGAAUAGUGUGGACAGCGAGACGCGACGGUGUGAGCUGGUCGCCCAGGUGAACGAGGUGGUCGUAAACUACGUGAGUCUGCUCAAAGCUGCAGAGACGGCUUCAGGACGAUCCUCGAGUGACCAAAGUGUGGACGCAUUGACACAUCACUCUGCCACCAUGACUGCUGUUAUUAACGCACUAACUCACUCACUGGCAACACAAUUCGACAAAUAA